AUGGCUACUUUUGAAGAGGAGCUUGGAAUUGAGGAUGAGCAGUUUCCAUUUCCAAAAAGAAUUACCAGAGAAACAUUCCAAAACGAUUUACAGAUUGAUCCUUCCAAUCCAGCACAAUCAAUACUAAGAAUCAAUGAUGUCAAGUUUAAUGUGGAUCAAUUCUUGUAUGAGCAUUAUAGAUUUACUUCAUUAGAAGACUUACAGUCGGAACUGAACUCUUUGCUGAAAGAUCUUGAUCAAGAGCUAUUCAAUUUAGUUAAUAACGAUUAUUUUGAUUUUAUAAAUCUUGGAAAAUCAUUAGAAGGUGGUGAAAAUUUAGUGGAUAAAUUAAGAGUAGAUGUGACCAAAUAUCAGAAGAAAUUGGCUGAUGAGAACAAUAGACUUGAUGAAUCAAAAUCUUACGUUGAAUCUUCUGUGGAUAACUUGAAAAAAUUACAAGAAUUGAAGGUGAUUUUGAAACAGUUAACAUCAUUAUAUCUCACAAUUCACCAAUUAUUCACUUCACUCCCCAGCUAUCAGUUUGUUGCUAACAAAUCAGAAAAAGUUAAUGUCCUGAGAUAUGAGUUCAAAGGUGUUUUAGAUGAAUUCUUAAGAAACAUACGGCCUGAGACAAGCUCCUACAAGGAUGUUGCUGAGAUCUUGGGUAUAUACUCUAUUAUAGGAGAUGAAGCUGAUGCUGUAAAAGUUCUCAGAGAAAAUAGUACUAAGACAUAA